AUGUCGACCGACAUGGCACCACGUGCUGGUCCAUCGGCGGUCAAGAAAGAGGAAAUACCUGAUAGCGCUGCCUCAUCCUCGCACUCGACCAACAAGUUGCCUGCCUAUCUGCCACCCACCACAAGCAAACCCGCCGACUUACCACGUGCCUAUCUCAAUGGAACUCAGGAUAUGCUCAGCCUGUUUGGUCUUAUGCCCAUCUAUGAUCGAUCUGUGCGUCCCUACAAUCCGGACUCGGUCAAGGCGGAGAACGCAGGAUCGGGAUCCUCCAACACGGCUGCGCGGGGAGCAGCUGCGGGUAGCGCGGCAUUGGCGACAGCAAACACGGCCAAUGCAACAACGGCUUCGGGAGGAGCAGGCCUAGCAAGGGGAGCCACGCCAUCGAGUAUUCCACAAGCUUCAGCAGCAUCGAAUGCGACCCCUCGCCCUACCAACGUACCCACGGGUGCAGCAGCCACUACAGGCCUGGUAAGCCAUCCAUCGCACAACGCCUCGAGCACCGGUCGAAUCUCGACGCCAGCCCUACAGCUCAACGGUGGACCACCGACCUUCCCGCUGCAUACGGAUUCGUCCGCCAUCCUCGCCGCCUCACCCGGACAACUCGCCGCCUCAGCUGCAGCCGCUCCUCCAGCGCGCAAACCGACCAAACCUCCGCCCACCUAUGCGCACUACGUCGACGAUCUCGCCGGCCGAGUGCGUCCGCCGCGCAAAAGCGCUCGAGCCGCCAGAGAAGCUAAAGGCGCAACGCUCGUCUCGAUCCUGUUCAAGCCCGAGUACACACCGCAGAACAUCGUACCACUGGACAGGGAGCUGAUGCAGGCAGCGUUCAGUGUCGAGCCGGGUCCCGUGGCCGAGAUCGAUCAAGCGCUGUUGGAACCGGACGAGGAGGAAACGGUCAAGCCGAGAAAGAAGAAGAAAAAGUUCAGGCAUGAGGCGAUGGCAGCGGGUGGAAUGCAGGCCAGCUCGAAUCCCUCGAGUGCUGCUCGAACGCCCAUCCCUAGAUGA